AUGGUUGGUGAUUUGGCAUUGCUCACUUGUGAGGUCAGCGGAGUUCCAGAGCCCUUAGUUAAAUGGAGCAAGGAUGGAGACAAUGAUAUAACACGAGCGCGCCUGAAGAAUAAUGGACGCAUUCUUGUUAUAGAAAAUGUGAUUCCUGGUGAUAGGGGUGUAUAUGAGUGCAAAGCAUCUAACAAGUUUGGAGAAAACCGAACGGCUACUACUGUUCUAGUUGCUGGUAAGUUUUUCAAAAUGUACUGCUGAUGACACUUAUUUUUAGCAACCAAAAACACAAAGCCUACUCUUCUCGUAUAACAAAACUACUGGUAAUAAGAGUUAGGGGGUAUGGACCAGAUCGAUCAAUAGUCCAGUUUCGAAUUAAAAAUUACCGCUGAAUAUAAACAUUAACGACAAAUUCAUACAAGGUUAGCCUCUACGUAAAGUAAAAUAUUGAAGUAUAUUGAGAAAUUCUAGCAAGUAAGUGUUUGAAAUUUGAAUAUACACAGUAGACAGAGUAAUAAACAGGUGUUUUUCUCGUUGGAAUUUGUGAAUAUAUUACUUCAGAUUGAGGCUAUAAGGCCAGCAGUCAUAGCGAACUCGAAAAUGGACUAUUAAAGGUCUAAACUCUCUUUCUCCCACGCUGUGCCUUCCGUAGGUUUCACAUGAUUGAAGGUUAAAAGGUUUGUGUUCAGACUGGGAGUGAUAUAAGGUCCAAGCGCGUGUGAUUAGAUUGUAUUCAUUCCUAGCGAAAGUCCAAACCCUAAACCAAUACUGGUUCCUCUGGUCGAGCGCAAUAAAAACUUUAUAAAGAAGCAAGGGCGACGCAGCUUGACCCUCCCAUCAAUGGGACGCAAAUUCAAAUCCCAGGGGCCAAGCCAUAUGUUGGUUGGACGUUUCGUUUACCUUUUAUCUUGUCUUGAGAGGUUUUGUCCGGGUACUCUGACGGUUUCCCCGCCCAUUCCAUUUCAGGUUCCAAUAAGAUCGGAUUGUGGCGCAUAAAGGACCACUUCAUUCCCCCAUCUUAUUUAGUUAUUUACUUAGUUAGUUAGUUGGUUGCAAGAUAUUCAGAGCAUCCGCGAAAUUACGUACUAAACAAUCCUAACGAGACGGUUUAGAACCUGAUAGUUGUAGAUUUUUUUCAUUGAGUCCUUUCAACUUUCGGAUUGUCUUCCAUGCCAACCGAGGCGAGUUUUUCAGUUUCAGUAUUUGUUGUUGUUGUUUUUGUUGUCAUUACUUUUGCAUUUGCCGACCUCGUCUUUGCCUUUAUCUUUGAUGAAGUGAUGCUAUGCAAUUCAAGGCAUACUUUUCACUUAAGGUAAAAUAAACAAACAGAAGAAGGAGUGUUGCACGGAUAUUCAAAGAGGGCAAAGUAAUAUAUCAAACACUAGAAAGAGUGUUUGUAUUGUUUAAUCAUAUAUCCGAACACCAGGAGGUAUUUUAUUACCAACGAUGGGAGGGAGUGUGGUUCAUCUGAUAUCGACAAAUACCGAUCGCAAACAUUUAAUGAGGUGAUCUAUUAAUACAAGAAAGGGUUUUCAUCCAGGACCCCAAAAUUAAUAAGUUAUAAGUAAUAUAUCAAACAUGAGAUGCAGUGUUUCAUCACCAGAUGAAACACCGAGAAGAGAGUUGAAAAUACGACGCGCAGCGGAGUAUUUUUGACGAACUUCGCGGUGUUUCAUCUGGUGAUGAAACACUGUGUCGAAUGUUUGAUAUUUCUUCUCAAACAAAAUCAUUUUUGAAGGAGAAAUUAAGGAUGCAAAUACUAAGCAGUGUUUCAUCCGAUUUCCAAACACUCAUUAAACAUUAAUUUCCUUUGUAUUUUCUUAAUGAAUUAUUAAUGAGUUUGAGAACAUACCAUCAAACACGAGUUGGAGUGUUUUCUAUGAUAUUCUCAAACACAUGACAGAAAAACAUAGGAAAUCCUACUACGAUGAUGCAUCUCCCAACCAACUUCCAGGAUUUCCGAGGAUCGCAUUUAAUCUUUGCGAUAAUGGUUUCUUUGUUAACUCUUUAACCCCUGAAAGUGAUCAAAGUACAGAUUCUCCAUAAAAUAUUACUGCGAUAUUCUCAAUAAGAUAUUACUUUGUCAAUAUCAUGACAAAUUUCCGAAGAAAAUUGUUAGAGAAUAGGUAUGCCUGAUAUUAGUUUAAUUAUAAAGAUUUUAAACGGUUAUGCAUGUUGGUGAUCGAUUACUACACAUUUUUUAUUAUUUUAUUAUAAUUAGUUCCACCUAGAGUAAAGAAAGACGCUUCAUCUUCGUCAGUGAUAUGUAAAAGACAGACCUUGUGCUUACUCUCAUGUACUGCAACCAGCGAUUUUCCUGUUACUUAUUCUUGGACAAAGAAUGGUCAGAUUCUCCGAAAUAAUGGUAACACAACCGUAUCUCUCAAACCUCGUGAUACAAAGGAUUAUGGGGUGUAUGUUUGUAAUGUUACAAACAAAUAUGGCUCAGCAGUUUAUAACAUAACAGUGUCCGAGUUUCAAAAGACAUCAGUGACUGCUCGAAGAACAAAGACAGAUAGCAGUGAGUAUUUUAACUAG